AAAAUGAGUGAACCAAGUUCAUCAUGGUGCAAUCCAAUGGCAGUUUCAACGUUAGGAAGUGGAAAUCUUCGUGACGCUCUGAAACUUCCACCAGGGGAAGAUAAAAAUGAAUGGCUCGCCGUAAAUAUAAUCGAUCUGGUAAAUCAAGUUCGAAUGGUUUUCGGAGUUCUCUGCGAAUCCGAAUGUACCGAUUCAAAGUGUCCAUCGAUGACAGCACAUGGAAGACAAUAUACUUGGACCAGUGAAGGAACAUUACUGAACACAAGUGCUCCUCAAUACAUUGAUCUAUCGCUCACUGCAUGCCAAAACAAUGUCGACGACGAAAACGUGUUCCCAUCGGAAAUCGGAAAACAAUUCCCCACGGACUUUGAGGAACGUUGUCAAGCAAUUAUGAGGAGACUGUUCAGAAUCUAUGCUCACGUCUAUUUUGCCCAUGUCAAUCACUUCAAAGCUAUCAAGGCCUUGGCACACCUGAACACAUCGUUCAAACAGUUCGUUCUAUUCGCCAAUCAAUUCCAACUUCUCAACAAGGAAGAAACUGAACCAUUACGGGAAAUCAUCGAGAAUCUCAUAUCGUUUAGCUAAAUAAUCUGUUGUUAAUAAUAUUCCCAAUUCUGUGAUUCCCCUUCUCCUCAGAUGUGUAAAACUCUAAUAAAUUUGCUUUAAAUUUUG